UACCACUAUAUAGUGUGUAUUGUGUAAUACGCAGCAAACCCAGAAAAAGUAGAAAUGUACAAAGUAUAAACAAAUUCCAAAUCUUUUCUUUCUUUAUUUAAUAAUCCCCUUUAAAAAUAAUUCUAAAUCCCCCCUUUUUUCUCCUCUUUCCUUUUUGUCUUUUUUUGAGGAGAGAGAAAAGAAAACGAGUUUUUCCCAAUUCAACUCGUCUUCCUCCUACCACUGCUACUACUCUUACUGGAAAAUUGUGUGAAGAAAAUGAUGGAUCCCCAGCAAAUUCCGCCGCAAUUGCCGCCACACGACGCCGGAAAUGGGUUGAUGAAUGGCGGAGUUGACGGAAAUGCGAGUAAUAAUGGUGGGAUUAAUGGGGUUUUGUAUGUCAAAGUAAUGACUGAUGAACAGCUUGAAAUUCUUCGGACUCAAAUUGCGGUUUAUGCUACAAUUUGUGAGCAGCUUGUUGAUAUGCAUAAAGCCAUUACUGCGCAACAAGAUCUUGCUGGAGUUAGGCUAGGAAAUAUGUACUGUGAUCCAUUGGUCACAGCUAUGGGACACAAAAUUACUGCUAGGCAACGAUGGACUCCAACACCGGUGCAACUCCAGAUCCUUGAGCGCAUCUUUGACCAAGGCACAGGAACUCCAAGCAAACAGAAGAUCAAAGAAAUUACUAUUGAAUUGUCUCAGCAUGGACAAAUCUCUGAAACAAAUGUCUAUAAUUGGUUCCAAAACAGGCGUGCUAGAUCAAAAAGAAAGCAGUUAAACAAUAAUGCACAAAACAAUGCUGAAUCAGAGGUGGAGACAGAUGCAGAAUCACCCAAAGACAAAAAGACAAAGCCUGAGGAUUUCCAAUCUCAGCCUAACUCGAUGCUGAGGACUGAUGAUUCUUGUUUUCAGAAUCAGGAGAUGAGUUCUAGUAUGCACACAAUCGAUUCACAGUCGGGCAAAAUGGAUUCUGUGUUUGCUUCUGAUGGCAGCUCAAAAUCGAGCCAGAGUCUCAGCCACCUAGGAUUUUAUGAAAGCAUUAUGCAUAAUCCAAGAAUUGAUGACUUGAUCGGUAAGAUUGAAGUGCCCGGUAGUUAUAACUCUUAUCAGUCAACAGAGGACUACAGCAUGACUGGCUGACUUUUAUCCUUCGUCCUUGUGCUAUAAUAUACCAGAGUAUUUAAUUUUCAUGGAAAAAACCAUGUUUGCAGUUUGAAGCCAAGCCGGGUCUCUAGCCGAGAUUACUGAGCUAGGUAGCAGUAGUGACACCCCUCAGAAAGUAAUUGGAACCUUUGGAGUUUGGAACAACGCCCUGAUAGUUCACGGUUGCUCUUCUGAAGUCUAAUGAUACAGCUGAUCAAACUUUGUGUGUGAAUUUGUUUAUGGAUUUAAUUUCAGUAUUUGAAGUCUGAUAUAUUAGAAGUGUAUAUUUCCUUGGCUGAUUCAUGAGAAUCAUGACAACUUUUUUGUUUUAUAGAACUCCCCGCUAACCGGAGAAGUGGAGAGUGGUGUGGCUUGUGUCUAUCUUAUAUAUUUGUACUCCAUGUGCUGGUUUUUAAUGCAAUGGAUUUGCACUGUUUCUUCCCAAA